AUAUGGUUUUGAUCGAAGCGUCCUUAGAAACAACGGAUGUGACCUGAUGGAUUACUCAAAAGAUGAAUAAGGAUAAGAGAUAUACAAAAUAUGCUCCACAAAACAGCUUGGAAGACUAUUCCACGAGCUUGGACUUAUUUCUAGCCGUGUAUAUGAAUGAUCUUGAAAAAGUAAAGAAAGUAUUAAGGGAUAGUCCCCAUUUUCACAUAGUUAACGCAAGGGAUAGGGUGAGCAACCUUUAUUGCGGAUUAUAUCAUUUUGAUUUGAUAAAUCCCUAAUCUUUCUUAUUCAAAACAACACAAAUUCUUUAUUUUAACAUAUAUAUAUAAAUACUGUAUACUGUAGGCUUGUAUCUCAAGGCCACAGAUUUUAUCUCUUAAAUCAGAAGACUGCUUAAUUGUUCUAAUUUAACCCUAAAGGAUUAUGAUUCCUUCCAAUAACUGUGACUAAGAGCAAUUGUAAAUAUUAUUAUAUACUAUUAUUCACAAAUUUAGAUCAGUAGAAUGCUAAUAAAGACUGCAAUUGAAACAUUAUUGAUUAAUUAAUGUUGCUAUUUACAUUACAACAUCACAGAUAUGCUGUAUAAACCUUGUUUUCUUUAAAGGAUAGAUGGACACCUCUCCACUAUUGUCUAUGGGUAUACGGGAAUGCACAUAAAAUGUUUGAAUUGACUGAAGAUGUUGAUCACGAAAAGGACUUGAAGAACUGCAAAAUUAUACUUGAUGUCCUCCUUAUCUCUGGAGCUGAUCCUAAGGCCACAAAUAUCUCAGAUAUUUCUUGUUUACAUCUUAUAGCUUGGUACAAUUUAGAAAAUCUCGUUGAAAAAUUCCUUAAAGCGGGAUGCAAAGUGAACUGUAAGGGAAGCGAUUCUUAUAAAACAAGAUGGAAUAUGUCAAGAGAUUCAACACAGGUCACCUUAUUACCAAGAGAUUGUGAUUUAUACAGGAAUGAUUUAUUCAUUGUUGGAUCGGAUGUGACGCCACUUUAUAUUGCUGCUAGAAGUGGAAGUAGUAAAAUUGUGCAGAAAUUAAUUAAAGGAGGAGCUGAUUUAAAUGCUACAAAAGUUUUUGGCAUGCAUAAGAAUAUAACAGCACUUCAUGCGGCAUCAGCUAGAGGCUGUACAGAAGUUGUUAAGAUUCUCCUUGAGGCGGGAGCCAAGAUAAAUAUUCAAGCAAGCGACGGCGGAACAGCUUUACACUGUGCUGCUGAAUUUGGUAAUUUAGAAGUUGUGAAGGCUCUUCUAGAGCAUAAAGCACCAGGAAAUGUAGCAGAUAUAUCUCUGGGAAAGUCUUGUGUUGAAGCUGAAAACAUUACUGCAUUACACUUGGCGUGUAGUACUGGUAACGUUGAUAUUGUAACCCUACUUAUUGAAUACGGCGCUGAUAUUAAUGCUCAAGCCAGUGAUGGAUUUACUCCAAUUCAUCUUGCUGCUCAAAACGGAAAUUCUGAAAUUACUAAAUUGCUAUUGAAACAAAACUGUGCAAUCGACAAGAUAGCUACUUACGAAGAUUGUUUUGAUCUCUUACCUAUACAUUUGGCAGUUAGAACCGGUGAAAAAGCGGUUGUUGAUUUACUUAUAAGAAAUGGCAGUGACCUAACAAAAACAUGUCAAAUAGCGGAAGUUUACGAUGUAAGCGUCCUUCAUUUAGCUGCCGUCUGUGGUCAUGCCUCUCUACUUUUGGACUUAUUGAAUUUCGGCUGUGAUAUUAAUGCAAAAACUUCUUCGGGUAGUACUGUGCUAUUUUUAGCUGUGAAAGAAGGUAAUACAGAAGUUGUUGAAGAAUUAUUAAAGAUUAAAUGUAGUAUAGAAGAACCACAAAGCUCAUCUGGCGUAAGUCUUCUCCAUAUGGCUAUCCUUAUAAACAAAGAAGAAAUAGUGAAACUUUUAAGUGAUGCAGGAUGCGAUGUAAAUAUAAAAGCAAAAUCAGAGGAAGGAGGAGAAAUAACACCAUUGUAUUUGGCUGUUGAAAAUCACUUGUUUAACGUAGUAAAAACCUUAUUGGAGCUUGGAGCUGAUCCCAAUAUUGAACUAAAAGAUGGUUUUACCGUUCUCCAUACAGCUGCUGAACAUGGUAUUAUCGAGAUUGUCAAAAUUUUAUUAGAAUAUCAUGCAAAUUGCGAUAAAGAAGCCCAAUUUAAUUCAUUAACCAAAGUAACACCUCUCCAUUUGGCGGUAAUGAAUAAAUCAUUAGGGGUUGCAUCAGUUCUUUUGGAAUUUAAGGCAAAUGUUAAUGCGACUAAAACUUACGAUGGUUUAGGUGGAUUCACACCUAUUUAUUUGGCUGUUAGAAAUAACGAUUUGGAUAUGGCGAGUUUAUUACUCCGCCAUGGAGCUGAUGUGAAUAAACCUAGAAACGACGGAUGGCUACCUUUGCAUACUGCUUGCGAACAAGGUUUUCGUAAAAUGGUUGAUUUAUUAUUGGAAAAUAAAGCAAAAAGCGACGUUAGAGCGAGUUUUGAUAAUAAUUUCCAUGUAACUCCCCUUCACCAGGCUGCUCAAGGUGGCCAUAUUCAUAUAGUCAGAAGUUUAAUCAAAGCAAACGCAAACUUGAAUGUUGGUAAAAAGUGGAAAUCAGAUUCGGGUAUAACUGCGCUUCAUUUAGCAGCGGAAAGUGGACAAACAGAUACCGUUCUAGAACUAGUAAAUGCUGGCUGCAAUGUAAAUGCUAAAAAAUCAAAUGGAUGGACUGCUUUGCACUGGGCGGCUAGCUGCAAUUAUUAUGACAUUGCUCUAUGUCUUUUACGCUCAGGAGGAAUUGUUACCUCUGCCGCUGCUUUUGAUGGUCAUGAAGAUUGUUUACCCAUUCAUCAGGCUGCUCAACAUGGUCAUACAGAGAUAGUAAAACUUUUAGUUGACUAUAAAAGUCCAAUCGAACCAUUUAAAAAGCAAGGGAGUUUGAAAAAUAUCACUCCUUUACAUUUAGCAUCAGCAAUGGGUCAUGUAAACACUGUUAAAGUUCUUUUAAGUUAUGGUGCCAAUGGCUGCUGUAGAGAUGGAGUUGGUUUUACACCCCUUCAUUUCGCUUCGCAAAAUGGUCAUGUGGAUGUUGUGAGGACUUUGUUAGCCGCAAGAGUGGAUACUGAAAUUGCUGGUGAAGUUGACGGGAAUAGUGGUAUUACAGCUCUACAUCAAGCAUCUAAUUCAGGACAUUAUGCAAUUAUUAAAUAUCUCAUAACAGCCGGUGCUGACCUAAAUGCUGUGAAAUCAUCUAGCGGUAGAACUGGUAUAACAGCACUCCAUCUAGCGGCAGAAAAUGGUCAUACUAAAACCAUUCAAGUAUUAUUAGAAAUGGGAUUUGACUUAAAUGUGCAAGAUAGCGCUGGUUUCACCCCAUUACACAUGGCAGUGAGACACAACAAACUAGAUUGCGUUAUUUUCCUGUUAGAGAACGGAGCGGAUGUAGGAAGAUUGGCAUAUUUCCAAGGAUCUGAACAUCUUCAAGCAUUACAUUUGGCAUCUCAAUUUGGAAAUAGACAGAUAGUAAGGAAACUCCUGGAGUCAGGAAGUGACGUAAAUGCCAAGCAAACUUUUAAUAAGAUAGGAGGACUGACAGCUAUGCACCUGGCAGCAGCGGAAGGUCACGCUCCGAUUGUUAGACUUUUAAUUCGUGCUGGGGGAAUGGCCAACUCUAAAACAUCAAAUGGUAAAACUGCAUUCGAUAUUGCAAAAAAGAAUGGUUAUAAAGACGUCUUACGGGCAUUAACUCUAUGACAGUAAAAAUUAGUCUGAAAAAGAACCUUCUAUCUUCUUUGCAUUUUUUCUCUCUUCAAAAGACUUACGAAAAGAAAAUUCAUUUUUAACUGAAAUACAAUUGAAAAUUAGUUACUUUUUGUUUGAAACAAGUAAUGCUGAAUAGUUUUACAAAUAAGAAGGAUAUUUUCAAACAUUGUAUCUUUCAAAGUGCCUUACAUAUUCAAAAUGACUGAAUACAGUGUUAUAUUU